AUGACCUGGCCAGCCUGGGCGCUGGUACCAGCAGGGCUGGAAGGAGCCCAGAAACUGCUGUGGGACCUCAAACCUCCUCCUAAGGAGGCAGCUCGGGCAGAAAUCAGUGUGUGGGAGCUCCUCUCCUUCAACAAGAAGUGCACAGCCCUGCCCCUGGGGAAGAACAACCCCAGGGACCAGUCCCACGCAUGGCCACUGGAAGAGAUGGUCCAUGUGGUGGAUGCCACCAUCCCCUCGCCGCUGAGGGCACCCAACAGAGUGUCCCACGGAUGCUGCCGGAGCCCUGGGUGGGGUGUUUGGAACUCCAUGAACCUGCCCCCGGACAAGAUGAAGCUGCUCAACCAGUACGACAACGAGAAGAAGUGGGAGCUCAUCUGCGACCAGGAGCGUUUCCAGGUGAAAAACCCACCGUCCGCCUACAUCCAGAAGCUGAAGAGCUACUUGGACACGGGUGGCGUAAGCAGGAAGUUCAAGAGGCGAGUGCAGGAGUCGACGCAGGUGCUCCGGGAGCUGGAGAUUUCCUUGAGGACCAACUACAUUGGCUGGGUCCAGGAGUUCCUCAACGAGGAGAACAAGGGGCUGGACGUGCUGCUGGAGUACCUCGCCUUCGCCCAGUGCUCCGUCACGUACGACAUGGAGAGCACCGAGAACGGCAGCCCAGGCUCCGACAAGGGCAAGGUCCUGGACCGGUCGCUGGAGGACCUGAGCAAAAGCAACUCCUCAUCCCCCACCCAGGGCUCCUCCAAAACACGGCACCUCACCGUCAGCUGCUGCCUCUCGAACCAGCACAUCCACACCCUCCUCCGCCACGUCCACCCCAGCGUCCCCUGCAGCGCCCCAGGCAGUGAUGGGGACAGUAGCCCCAGGUCACCCGGCAGCUCCUACCCGCCCCGUGCUUGCCCCUCGCACAGCAGGAAGGCACUGAGGAACUCCCGCCUCGUCAGCCAGAAGGACGACGUCCACGUCUGCAUCAUGUGUCUCCGUGCCAUCAUGAACUACCAGUCUGGCUUCAGUCUGGUAAUGAACCACCCAGCCUGCGUCAAUGAGAUCACCCUGAGCCUCAACAACAAGAACGCCAGGACCAAGGCGCUGGUGCUGGAGCUGCUGGCCGCCGUCUGCCUGGUCCGAGGUGGCCACGACAUCAUCCUGGCUGCCUUCGACAACUUCAAGGAGGUCUGCGGAGAGAAGAACCGCUUCGAGAAGCUGAUGGAGUAUUUCCGAAAUGAGGACACCAACAUUGACUUCAUGGUGGCCUGCAUGCAGUUCAUCAACAUCGUGGUGCACUCUGUGGAGAAUAUGAACUUCCGCGUCUUCCUGCAGUACGAGUUCACCCACCUGGGGCUGGACCACUACCUGGAGAGCCUCCGUCUCACCGAGAGCGACAAGCUGCAGGUGCAGAUCCAAGCCUAUCUGGACAACGUCUUCGACGUGGGGGCCAUGCUGGAGGACUCGGAGACCAAGACGGCUGUGCUGGAGCACAUGGAGGAGCUGCAGGAGCACGUCAGCCAGUUGACGGAGAAGCUGCAGGAUGCGGAGAACGACUCCAUGGCCAAGAUAGCGGAGCUGGAGAAGCAGCUAAGCCAGGCGCGGCGGGAGCUGGAGGCGCUGCGGGAGCAGCUGAGCCCACCGCGGCCACCCAGCCCGCCGGCCCCGCAGCCCCAGGAGUGCUACCGGCUGGCGCUGGAGCGGCGGCUGGCGGAGCUGGAGGAGAAGGGGUUGGUGCAGAUCCUGCGUGGGCCCGACGGAGACGUCGCCAUCGAAAUUGUCCCCGUUGUCAUAGAAACCCCAGCAGCCCCCGUGUUUACCGGAGAGGCCACCGCCACCACCACUGGCACCGGCACCGGCACAGGGGGGUUUGGGACUCCCCCACCCUGUAACGUGUCCCCCCCUCCCCAUCACCCUGCAGUGAAGGUGAAGAAGCCGAUCCAGACCAAGUUUCGCAUGCCCAUCUUCAACUGGGUGGCACUGAAGCCGAGCCAGAUCGAUGGCACCGUCUUCACCGAGCUCAACGACGAGAAGGUGCUGCAGGAGCUGGACAUGAGUGACUUUGAGGAGCACUUCAAGACCAAGGCGCAGGGCCCCGGCUUGGACAUCAGUGCCCUCAAGGUGAAGGCCACGCAGAAGGCUCCCAGCAAGGUCACCCUCAUGGAGUCCAACCGAGCCAAGAACCUGGCUAUCACCCUCCGCAAGGGCGGCCGCAGCAUCCAGGACAUCUGCACAGCCAUCGAGACGUAUGACCAGCAAGCCCUGAGCCUCGACUUUCUGGAGCUGCUGCUGCGUUUCCUGCCCACCGAGUAUGAGCGGAUGCUCAUCGGGAAGUUCGAGCGGGAGCAGCAGGCGCCAGAGGAGCUCUCGGACGAGGACCAGUUCAUGAUCCGCUUCAGCAAGAUCCCGCGCCUGGCUGAGCGCAUGAAUGUCAUGAUCUUCCUGGGCAACUUCAAUGACACGGCCCAGCUGCUCAUGGCGGGGGGUCAACUCAACGCCAUCAUCGCCGCCUCCAUGUCCCUCAAGUCCUCCAGCAAACUGCGCAACAUCCUUGAGAUCGUCCUGGCCUUCGGGAACUACAUGAACAGCAGCAAGCGCGGGGCAGCCUACGGCUUCCGGCUGCAGAGCCUUGACGCGCUCCUGGAGAUGAAGUCGACAGACCGCAAGCAAACGCUGCUGCAUUACCUGGUGCGGGUGAUCAUGGAGAAGUACCCUGAGCUGACCGGCUUCCACACCGAGCUGCACUUCCUCGACAAGGCGGGCACAGUCUCCUUGGACAGCGUGUUGCAGGACGUGCGGAGCCUGCAGCAGGGGAUGGAGCUGACCCGCAAGGAGUUCAUGCGGCAGGACGACAGCCCCGUGCUCAAGGACUUCCUCAAGGUCAACUUGGAGGUGAUGGAGAAGCUGCAGGCUGACAGUAAAACCACCAAGGAGGCAUACGAGUCAGCCGUGGAGUACUUUGGGGAGAACCCCAAGACCAGUCCCCCCACCACCUUCUUCCCCAUGUUCCUGCGCUUCAUCAGAGCCUACAAGAAAGCAGAGCAGGACAUUGAGCUGUGGAAGAAACAAGAAGCCGCGGUCAAAGAGGCAGAAUCCAGCCCCCCCGGCAGCGAGGACCAGCCCGAGGUGAAGUUGCCCAUCCAGAAAGCCAAGCGGCAGCAGAUGGACAUGAUCGCCGAGCUGAAGAAGAAGCAGAUGGUGAAGGAGCCACUCAUCUAUGAAGGAAAAGACGGGGCCAUCGAGGAUAUUAUUUCAGAUCUGCGGAACAACCCUUACCGGCGUGGAGACAAGGGCCGCGGCAGUGCCAAGAAACGUGCGGGGCAGAACCUGCAGGCGACGCCGGACAUCUCGCUGUGA